AUGCCUUUUCCUACCUCAUUUGCUAGAAUUUUGGUUCAGACUAGAGCUGCUCGAGAAAGCCAGUACCCACCAAAUAAUCCACAGUGUAGCAGUGAAGCUCAUUAUGGAAAUAAUAUCAUGCAACCUUUCUUCCCAAUGACAAACCGUGAUGGACUGCUGAAUUCAUACACAGAUAAUCUCUACACUUUCCAAGCGAGACCAACUUGUUCUGCUGGAAAUCCCGCUGGAUGUGGAUCAAGAUUUCUCUUCUGCGAUUUAUCUCAUGGCGCUCCAAGAUGCGCUGCGAAAAUAGCUGUCAACGGAAACUGUGGAGGCUACACUAGAAAUGAGGAUCGGUGCUAUCGCAGUGUUUGUCAAGGAAAUCGUUGUGUAGCUACUCAGAAUCCUCCCGCCACCACUCAACCACCUAUUGUUACUACAACUCCAGCUGGUCAGAAUCAAGAGACUUGCUUCAACGAGCAGCAAUGCUGUGCCAUAUGGGCUUCAAGAGGAGAAUGCCAACGAAAUCCCAAUUACAUGAAUAGUUGGUGUAGAGCCAGUUGUGGUAUCUGUCGUCCAACUACUUACAAUCUCAACACG